AUGUCCAUCCACCUCGGUUUCCACGUCCGUGAGCUUUGGAGGAUGCGCAUCUCCAUAGCCUUAAUGGAUGGUUUAACCGAUCUUUCAUGCAAUAAUCUCUGGCUAGAUCCAUCAGUCCACGAGUCGCUGUCUAAAUCAUAUAUAGAAAUAUGUAUAUCCCCUUUUGAUUUUUUUUGGCAAACAGAGACAAUAUUUGUCAGAGCUUGUGAAUCAAGAAUGGAUCUUUUGAGAGCUGUAAUUAUUGGAGCCGAGGGAACUCCUUACCAUGACGGUCUCUUCUUUUUCGAAAUUCAGUUCCCAGAUACCUAUCCUUCAGUGCCACCAAAAGUUCAUUACCAUUCGGGCGGGCUUAGAAUCAACCCGAAUUUAUACAAAUGUGGUAAAGUAUGCUUGAGUCUUAUCCGUACCUGGACCGGUAAAACGAGGGAGAAAUGGCUCCCCAAGGAGUCCACAAUGUUGCAGCUUCUUGUCUCAAUCCAAGCACUAAUCUUGAAUGAAAAACCAUAUUUUAACGAACCUGGCUACGAGCAAUCCAUAGGGACUCCAUCAGGCGAGUCUUUUUCCAAAGCUUACAGUGAGAACGUAUUUCUAUUGUCGUUAAAGACUAUGCAUUUUGAAGAGUUUGUUCGUAGCCAUUUCUUUGUCCGGUCUCACGACAUAGUGAAAGCGUGCAAUGCUUAUAAAAAUGGAGCUUCUGUUGGAUCAAUGGUUAAAGAUGGAGUCAAAGACCCUGCAAAAACUAGACAGAGCGGCUCCAAGACGUUUAGGACCAAUGUAGCUAGCUUUAUGAAGACAGUGGUUGAUGAAUUCGUCGACUUAGGAGCAAUAAGAGAAGCAAAUCAUAGAGGUGAGCCAAACGGCCAAACCCAACAUUGUUUCCUGUUUUUUAUUAUCUUGAAUUGGAAGGAAAGAAAUUAUUUGUAGUGUUUAAUUCUCUGAAUAGUGUGAUUGAUUAUU